CGGGCGUUUGCAGGCACAGUCCCCGAGGCCACCCCGGGUGGGGUGUGUGGGGAGCACUAGCCGUUCGCAGCGGCAGCAACAGGAAGCCGGGCGGUCUCCUCACGCACCUGGGAAGGAAGCUUCUUGCCUUUCCCAGAACGGGAAUAGCUCCUCUCCAGCAUCCGGUGGUGAUCGCCACUCGGGAAUGCGGGUGUGAAGGGUCCGAGCUGCCGCCCAGCGGGGGAGAGACCCCGGGACGCCGGAAAUCACCAUCCCGAAGCUGCGAGAAGAAGGCGGGGGAGGGGGGAAAGACAGCAUUCUUCAGUUUGUGUGCCUUGUGGGGAAAAAAUUUUUUUUAAAUCGUUAUUUAAAAAAAAACAACAACAAACAUUUCCGUGCUACUGUCUGUCAUCAUCUCUGGGGAAAUCAGCCAGAACCACCAGAACGUAACUGAAACCAGAAGAGAGAGGCAGGAGCCGAGGCAGUACCUGCAGCGUCCGGGCACCAGAGCCACCUUGGAACGGGAACGCGUCUCCGGCGGCCGCUGGGCUGCGGCUCCGCCAAACUUUGGGGCGGGCGGGGCGGGCUGGGGCUCGGAGGGGGCUUUGUAGACCGAGGGCCGCCCCCUAACCAUGAUGUUUCGCGACCAGGUCGGGGUGCUGGCGGGCUGGUUUAAGGGCUGGAACGAGUGCGAGCAGACUGUUGCACUGCUGUCGCUGCUCAAGCGCGUGAGCCAGACCCAGGCCCGCUUCCUCCAGCUCUGCCUGGAGCACUCGCUGGCCGACUGCACCGAGCUGCACGUCCUAGAAGGCGAGGCCAACAGUCCCGGAAUCAUUAACCAAUGGCAACAGGAAUCCAAGGAUAAAGUGAUUUCCCUCCUGUUAACUCACCUGCCUUUGCUGAAGCCAGGAAACCUCGACGCAAAAGUAGAGUAUAUGAAACUGCUGCCCCAAAUCCUGGCGCACUCCAUUGAGCACAACCAGCACAUCGAGGAGAGCAGGCAGCUGCUGUCCUAUGCUUUGAUCCAUCCGGCCACUUCGUUGGAAGACCGCAGUGCUUUGGCCAUGUGGCUGAACCACUUGGAGGACCGCACGUCGACCAGCUUUGCCGGCCAGAACCGAGGCCGCUCGGACUCUGUGGAUUAUGGGCAGACGCACUACUAUCACCAAAGACAGAACUCCGACGACAAGCUUAAUGGGUGGCAGAACUCUCGGGAUUCUGGGAUUUGCAUCAACGCCUCCAACUGGCAGGACAAAAGCCUGGGGUGUGAGAAUGGCCAUGUGCCCCUCUACUCCUCUUCAUCCGUCCCCACCACAAUCAAUACGAUUGGAACCAGCACAAGUACAAUUCUCUCAGGCCAGGCACACCACAGCCCUUUGAAACGAUCUGUGUCCCUUACCCCACCCAUGAAUGUGCCAAACCAGCCUCUAGGACAUGGAUGGAUGUCUCAUGAGGACUUACGAGCUAGAGGACCCCAGUGCCUCCCAUCCGAUCAUGCCCCCCUGUCACCACAAAGCAGUGUAGCCUCUUCAGGAAGUGGUGGGAGUGAACACUUAGAAGAUCAGACCACUGCUCGUAACACAUUCCAAGAAGAAGGUAGUGGUAUGAAAGAUGUUCCAGCCUGGUUAAAAAGCCUCCGCCUGCACAAGUAUGCUGCGCUCUUCUCCCAGAUGACCUACGAGGAGAUGAUGGCCCUCACUGAGUGCCAGCUGGAGGCUCAGAAUGUUACCAAAGGUGCAAGACACAAAAUUGUCAUCAGUAUUCAGAAGCUCAAAGAGAGACAAAACCUCCUGAAGUCUUUGGAAAGGGACAUCAUCGAGGGGGGCAACCUGCGCAUCCCCCUCCAGGAGCUGCACCAAAUGAUCCUGACUCCAAUCAAGGCCUACAGCUCCCCAGGCGCCACCCCCGAGGCUCGCCGCCGGGAGUCCCAGGCCUCACACCCUCCUUCGCUGAUGGGCCCGGAGAGCCAGAGCCCCGACUGCAAAGAGAGCGCCGCGGCCGCGGGAGCCACGGCCACUGCCUCGGCUGGGGCCAGUGGCGGCCUCCAACCGCACCAGCUGAGCAGCUGUGACGGGGAGCUGGCUGUCACCCCCCUGCCAGAGGGGGAUCUCCCUGGGCAGUUCACACGUGUCAUGGGGAAAGUGUGCACACAGCUCUUGGUCUCCAGACCCGAUGAGGAGAAUAUAAGUUCCUAUUUACAGCUCAUAGACAAGUGUCUAAUCCAUGAGGCAUUUACAGAGACACAGAAAAAACGAUUGUUGUCAUGGAAACAGCAGGUGCAGAAGCUCUUUCGGUCUUUCCCUCGGAAAACCCUUCUAGACAUAUCAGGAUAUCGACAGCAAAGAAACCGCGGCUUCGGGCAGUCCAACUCCCUCCCGACGGCUGGCUCUGUGGGCGGUGGCAUGGGGAGGCGGAACCCACGCCAGUACCAGAUCCCCUCCCGGAACGUCCCUUCCGCCCGCCUUGGCCUCCUGGGCACCAGCGGAUUCGUCAGCUCCACCCAGCGCAACACCGCAGCCAACCCCACCAUCAUGAAACAAGGAAGACAGAACCUCUGGUUCGCCAACCCUGGGGGCAGCAACAGCAUGCCAAGCCGCACCCACAGCUCAGUCCAAAGGACCCGCUCGCUGCCCGUGCACACUUCACCGCAGAAUAUGCUGAUGUUCCAACAGCCAGAAUUCCAGCUUCCCGUGACUGAACCUGACAUCAACAACAGGCUGGAGUCCUUGUGCCUCAGUAUGACCGAGCACGCCCUGGGAGACGGGGUUGACCGGACCUCCACAAUCUAGAGCUGAAGAUGAGAGUGACCGCGCUGGCCGUGAAAUCGACUGCUGCGGGUCCAGUGUUAGCCAUCUUCAGGGUUGCACAGAAUCCUCCAAGAUACUUUGCAGCCAUUUCUUUUCCCCUGGUCCCUCUCCCAUUUUGAUUUUGUGAGAGCGUAGGUCGUCCUUGUAAACAUAUCAGUAGACCUGGGACUGGUUAUUUCGUCAUUUGUUUCUGUCGUGGGAUGGCUUGGUGUGGGGCAUGGGGAGGGAUCUCUAAGGGAAACAUAGGACUGGGAACGGGUGGAGGGAAUGCAAGUGGCUUCUUGGAUGGAAAUGAGGGGGAAAAUAAAGAGGGUACCGCUUGGAAAGAGAUGAGAGACUUGGGAGGGAGGCAGAAGCCCCAGCCCUUGGGAGCCUUCUCAGAAGCCUGCCUUCAGAGUCAGGCCCCGGGAGGAAAGCACGGAUGCCUGCGACCAAAGCACAACGGCGGCUCGCUCUUUUAUGUCUCCCCUGAUUGGAUUCCCUGAGGCCCCUGCUUGAAAUCCAGCCGCAGAAGAAGUCAACAUGGCAACGGGGGCAGGAAGGGAGAAAUUCCCUCCAACAAAAUUUCAGAUAAACUUUGAUUUGUGUAUUGUUUACAUAACAAUUUUAAAGGGUACAUAAUGUGUAAAGAGUUGGGCUAGAACUUUUCUUCAUACUAUGGUUUUUGUAAAGGAUUUGUUGCUAUGGAUUCAUUUUUUCCUCUAUUUUUAUAAUAGCAGCAGGGUUGUCUUUUUAAAUGGCUGCCAAGCUCUGCUUCUCGGGAAGACGGAGCUGUCACGUAGGCCUGAGUUGUGUCUCCCACCUGUGGGUGGGAGAAGUGUGUAGGUGGAGUUGAGGAUGUGGCUGGAGUGGGCGGAGCACUGGGCAGGGCGCCACCAUGUGAUCGGUUAUGGGAUUGCGCGCAGUCACCUAGGGAGUCUAAAGGAAUCCUGCUGCCCUUUCUACGCUGGAUUUGCUUCUCACCCGGAGAACCUCUUUCUCCCCACCCUACCAUGGGGUGUCAUCCUAUCAGUCCUGGCCUCGCUACACACACACACACACACACACACACACGUGGGUACAAGUUUCACUGGAGGAGAAAAGGCAAGGAUGGAUAUUUUUCCCUAGCAAGAGGCCUUAAUACCCAGAUAAUAAGCUCAAAAGGCCGCUUUUGGGGGGGUUGCUCUCAGGAACCCCAGCCUGGGGGCUGCAGCCCCUUGGCUCGCUCACCGCUGAGGAAGAGGAGGAAAAGAGCAAGGUCCGGCAACAGUGUAUAAACGGUCAGUCAGCAAGUGGCAGAGAGAGCUGCGGGGAGACAUCCCAGGUGGGCAGUGGAAGAAGAUGUGAGAAAGGUCGACUUCAUGAUGGAAAUGAUGAUUCUAUCACGUACGUCAGGGAUUUGCUGUGUUGUCGGCUGAUUUAUCCACCCGCAUGGAAGGGAGACAAAACUACUACUUAACAUGGUGAGAGAUUAACAAACUAUGCUACCAAAAAGUAAUAGCUCUAUUUCUUAAGGGCAAGAAAGACUACGUUUGGAAUUUGAUGCAACAGAGGGUAUUAGAGGAAAUCCAAGAGGAGCUGUGCUCUGCGCUGGAAAAUUGGGUUGUGUAAAUGAUGGUGUGACGGCUCAGCCAGAGGCGAGAUCAGGGAGAUGGUAGGAGGCCUGUUUAUUGAAUGGGUGUCUGGUACCAUUUUGGGGGUUUGUUUUUUUAGCAAAGUCAGAGUCGAAAUUAAAGAGAUCAGACCAUGAAAAUCACUGCGUUUGCUUGGGGUUAUGUUUUAAAAUAAUGAAGUAAAUACAAUUUAAAAGGCCUUAAUGAAAUCCAAACAGCUUUCUUCUACCUUCAAGAUUGAAAACGUACACCCAACACAGCCUUGGAUGUUGUGAAGCUUGCAAAGUCUUCUUAAGGUCUAAAAUGUGGGAACAUCUUAACCACAGAGAGCCUUUAGCAAGCAAAGAACAUUGAAUCCACAACAUCCUGCACUGCAUUUUAUAAAAAAGGGGGGCUCUCCAUGGGUGACUAUGUUCUAAAGAUGCAAAUUCAUUUGCAGAAAGAGGCAGCAUUUUUUAGUUGAUAUGUUUUAACCAAGUGCCAUUAACAUUCAUCCUCCACUCCCCUUUUCUAAGCAAGCUUAGGGUUACUUGGGGGAUGUGUUGGGAUGGACAAUCGUGUGAGCCAGGAAGGACAAGUCAAAGAUGUUGAAGGCCAAAGGCAAGACCAGAGGGUUUGCGAAGGUGUUUUUUGGAUGCUAAGAACGUUAAUGGAAGAAAAAAAACAGUGGUAUAACACAUCUUGUGGAGAAAUUAAAAAGCAUUCAGAUCUGCUGCAAAACACGUAUAUCCAUAAACACUCGGGUUGUUCAGAAAACAGAUUGUGAACACAAUCACAUGAGCAUGAAUCCUUUAAAAGGAUGAAGACCUUAAAGUAUUUGCAAAUCUGAAUUUCUAUUUAUUCCUUCACUGAAUAUAGAAACAAUGGUUAUCUGAUUAUUAGAGAUAUUAUUUUGGAUAUGUUACUUAUUAACUUGCUAUGGCUGGUAACCAUGAUAAAGUCUGUUAUUAAUAACAACAUAAUUCUUUUUUUAAAAGAAAAGCUUAUUUUUCAUUGACUGUGUAUAGAUUUAUCUACUUAGUUGUGUUCUGCUCUUAGUGUUUUAAUUUUUUUUUUAAGUUGACUGUUCUGAUAAAUUUUAGGCGCCUGUCCCCACCUUGUUUUGAGUCCUGUGUUGACUGCAGGUAUACAGCUCAAUCUAAAAAUCCUAAAGCAAAAGAACUUUAUUUAUAAAAAAAAAAAAAAUCAAA